UAUCGAACUCGCUGAGUCUAAAAGAUUGGUUCGUUCGUUUUGAGUCACCACUAGCUAGCACUGCUUGUCCAAACAGCAGUUCACUACCACCGACUCGACUUCUUGAAGGUUUCCAUGGCGUUGGUUUGAUGGGGUCCAAGCGGGCGACACAGUGGUGGUCGAAGGACUUGCAGUCUUAGAGGUGCUUGCGCGUGGAAUGUUGCGCUGGUCGGUGCACCUAGAAGGAGGGCCGCGGAGAGUCAACCAUGCUGCUGUGGCUGUGGGGCACAAAGUGUACUCCUUUGGAGGCUACUGCUCUGGGGAGGACUAUGAGACACUCCGUCAGAUUGAUGUGCAUGUCUUCAACACAGUGUCUUUGCGCUGGAUGAAGUUACCUCCAGUGAGGACGGGAGGACAGGAGCGAGCCUGGGAAGUGCCGUAUAUGCGGUACGGCCACACAGCUGUGCUGCUGGAUGAUACAAUCUACCUCUGGGGUGGGCGCAAUGACACAGAGGGGGCUUGCAAUGUGCUCUAUGCCUUUGAUGUCAACACCCACAGAUGGUUCACACCCAAGAUUUCGGGGACUGUUCCAGGGGCAAGGGAUGGACACUCAGCCUGUGUCCUGCGGAAGGCAAUGUAUAUAUUUGGAGGAUAUGAACAGCUGGCCGACUGUUUUUCCAACGACAUCCACAGGCUGGACACCACCUCCAUGGUUUGGUCAUUAAUCAAUGCCAGGGGCACUCCUGCACGCUGGAGAGACUUCCACUCAGCCACCAUCAUUGGGACAAAGAUGUUUGUAUUCGGGGGUCGAGCUGACCGAUUUGGUCCUUUCCACUCCAACAAUGAGAUCUACUGCAACAAGAUCAAAGUGUUUGACACAGAGACCAACUGCUGGAUGAGCACCCCUUCAACACAGCCUUUGCCAGAGGGACGUAGGAGUCAUUCAGCCUUUUGCUACAAUGGAGAGCUUUACAUAUUUGGAGGCUAUAAUGCUCGCCUGGACCAGCACUUCAACGACCUCUGGAAAUUCAGUCCAGAAGCUUUUUGCUGGAAGAAGGUUGAACCUAGGGGGAAAGGCCCGUGUCCCCGGAGACGGCAGUGCUGUUGUAUGGUGGGAGAUCGGAUCAUCCUCUUUGGAGGAACAAGUCCAUGCCCAGAGCAAGGAAUGGGUGAUGAAUUUAAUCUCAUGGAUCAUUCUGACCUGUAUAUCUUAGACUUCAGCCCUAAUUUGAAGACAUUAUGCAAAAUAGCUGUUAUUCAGUACAGUCUGGAACAGUCGGGACUCCCACAUGAUAUCAGGUGGGAAUUGGCAGCCAUGACCACCAACAGCAACAUCAGCAGGCCCAUCUUCUCCUCCCAUGGCUGAUGCUACUGAAUGUCAAACAGGACACUGGGGUUUCCCAACUGAAUCUGGGACUGAUUUUUUUUUUUUUUAUUUUAGAGUUGUAUUGGAUUUACUGUUCAAAUGAAAGUCAUUACUGACCAAAUAUCCCGUCUAUGACUUCCGUGGACACCACAAGAUUUUUUCAUGUCCUGGGAUAUUUUAACCUUUACAGACAAUGAUUAUGCGAGACAGGAAUUACCGACACCUGUUGACCCCUUUCUCUUCUUUCUAGCCUCUCUAGGAAUCCAAUCAGCCUAUGAUAAUCAUAGACUUCAAAUCUUAAGCACAGGAAGAGACAUGAACUUCAGCCAAAGGUCUUGAACGCUAGCCUCUUUGUUGAGGAUGUUGAACUCAGCAGAGCUCCCCGAAGAAACAAAUGUGAACCUUCUGCUCCAGGUGUGAAGAGGAUGAGAUGGUCAUGAUUUUGCACAACCCACAUUCCAAAAAAAAACAAAAAACGUUGCGACUUUGUGUAAAACAGAAACAACUGCAGAAUGCAAUGACUUACCUUUUCGCCCAUAAAAAAGUUCAAUACAAUCAAGAUAUUUAAUGUUCAUUUUCAUAAGCGUUAUUGUUUUGUGCAAAUAUGUGCUCUUUCUGAUCUCGAUGCCUGCAACACGUUAAGAAUAACUGAGAUGGGUAUCAUUGAGCUUGAUUUACGUCACCUUUUAAAGAUGUUUUUAAAUAUCGUUCUGCAUUUGGCAAAAGAGGAAACUAACUGUUGAUGUUUUGAAAGGGAAUUAUUUCCCUUUCUAGCUUGAAAUUUGAUUUCAGUGAUUCCAAGGUCUGUUACUGUCUUCAUAAUUUGUGCUUUAUAAUGCACCAAACAUGUACAGGACUAGAUAGCAGUCUUGUUUCCUCUUUCUCUUACAAAAAAGCCACAAUGUUCUAACAUUUCUCACAGGAAUAUCCUGUCUUUUAACUUUGCAAAGUAAAUCCCAACAACAUGCCUGUGAUUUCCAUAAACAACUGAACAGACCAUAGAACAGUCUUCCAUGUUUAUGCAGGCCAGCUUAGAUGGUAGAGUCUUGCCACGUAUUGCAGUCACAAACCAUGUUUAUUGACUAUUGUGACAUGUUCUCAAACCCAUGUCCCCUGAUAGAAUCAUGCCUACAUUAUUUGCAGUUGCAUGAGAAAUGUAUUUCUUAAACUGUUGGACAAUUUGCCAAUGCAAACUUUGCUUUUAAUGAUUUAUUUUUUUCGAGGAUUCCUCUUGAUCGUGAUACUAUCACUUUACCUAUUUGUCCUUUUUUUUUGAGCAACAUCCACAAUUUUCUCAGUGUUUUGUUGCCCUUAUUCCAAAAUAUCGCAGGUGCCAAGUUACUUUCUCAAAAAACAACGAGCCUCUUGAGUUUGAACAUUAAAUAUCUUGUCAUUGUACUGCUGAAUUGAAUUUGGGUCAAAAAAGGAUUUACAGAUGACAGCAUUUUGUUUUUAUUUAUGAGUCUCAACUUGUUGGAAUUGCGGUUGUACCUCCUGAAGUUCUCAUUUGGUCCUGAAACCACCACCAUGUCUGUCUAUGAUAGGUCUUUAUGCAACUAUUGUGCACAGUAUAUGGAAAAGACUAACAUUACUACAUUGGGGUUAUUGCAAGGAGAGAAUAUUGGGUACCACAGUGUUGUGGUAUUACACUUGUGAGAGGUUCUCUUUGAUUGGUUUUAAUGCUUGGCACUCUCUUCUUCGACCCGCUGCACUCUCUCCCACUUUGAGAGUCUUUUUUAAAGUGACUUGCAAGACGACGGCUAUCAGUCUUGUACAAUAAUCAAGUCCAUCUACCUCCCACAGUAGAUAGCAUGAGUCAUUGAGUCUUUUAAACAACUUCCCACACAUGGAACUUCUUCAGUACUUUUCCCCCCAGAAAAAAAAGCUUCCUCACAGAGAAGUGUGUAUUUGUGUUUGUCUGUCGGAUAGUGCGGCUCUACUGUCACUACCCCUGCAACACUUCCCCCCCACUUUAUUUUUCGGUGCCAAAUGUGGAAGGGAAUCUCGAUGCUAAUAUGUACCGAGCGCACGCUGAUCUGCUUCAGUUCGCCUGUUGUGUUCAGGGAGCUCAACACUAAUAUGCAUAAUGUAACUGUUCCUCUUAUAGACAAUCCUACAGCGAGAGAGAGACUCUCCACAUGACCUGCGUCUUCAGAAUACAGACGAUAAAAAAACAAAAACAAAACAGUACAGUGUGCUUAUGUGUUUACACCUGUACGAAUACAAGCAAAGUUUCACCCUGGCAGAUGUUGUAAAUGCAUAAGGGCUGUUUCUACACGACACACGCACCACACUGCUUGAGAAUGAAUUUGGAGUAGCUCAAAUUGGGGAAGUUAUUCAAGUUUAUUUUUAUUGAAUGAAUACAACUUGUGAAUUUUAGAACAAAAUCUUUUUAUUAAGGAGUGGUUGUGGUCUGUUUUUUAUAUAUAUAAUGUUGUCUCUGCCCACUUUAACUUAAAGGAUAAGUUUGAUUGUGUUGAAUAUUUUUUUAAUUCUGUCAACAACAAUACGAGGCAUGGUAGCUUUUAACAACUGUCACUCAAACAGGAGUAGAGAGGAUUAGCGUGGAGCUGUUUUCAGCCGUGACUUGCAUUCAGGAUCGAGACGAUUGAGAAGGUUGAUAGUAUCGUCAGACUUAUCCUUUAAACCUUACUUAUAAGAAUAUUGAGUAAUAAUCCCAUGAGGAUGAAACAGAUUUGCUGGGGAGGGAUAUAUACACACAGGAUACAUGUUAACAUAUUAAUGCUGCCUUUUUAUUUAGGCUUUUUCACCACAGAUUUAAGUAUCUGGUUGUUGUGAGCAGUACAAAGCCCUAACCUAUGGAAAACUAACUUGUGAAUAGGAGCUGUGUUACCACACACUUGUGAGCCGCGUCAGUGCUUUUCACUCCUGGUCUUUGGGACCGAGUGCGCUGCUGUUUUCUUUCCUGCCAGAUGGUUAAAUCGAGUCUGUUAUCAGUCUGUUCCCUGAUUGGCUCGGUAGAAUUUUGACUGGGGUCCCAAACGUCAGGACUGAAUGACACUGACUUUGAUUCUAAUUGUUUACAAAUCUGUGUAUUUCAUGUGAAACAGUCUAAAACAAUCCUACAUGCAGGUUGUAGUUGCCAGGUAACUGCACUUAAGCCAAACGUGGCAUGUCGGGCCUUACUGAGGGAAGACAUGCCGAUGCUGCUUUUUGCCUAAGUAGACUCCAGAGUUUGAGACAUUUGCCUGCCCAGACCAUGUCUGAACUGUAUUUAACAGACCGGUGGUGCCAAUGUGACUCGGAGAGUCUUGUGCUUUCUGCACUGCACAUACACACGGACAUAUCACACACUUGAAAAAUCCUCAGUACCCUAGUCUCACGGACUAUACAACAGGUAAUGCAGUAAAAUCACAGGGAAGUUUAUUGUGUGUUCAGACACACACACACGUAUAUUUUGCGCAUUACAUUGAAAAAAAAAGAAAUUGGCGAACAAAUCAAACUGUUUGACACCAAAAGGUGAAACUGAUAUGUGUUUAUUUUUGAUGUGUGGUGUGAGAGUCAUUUUUAUUUCAGGAUAUUUGUCUCUUUGUUGCUUGAAGAUACUGGGUGAUGGUAUUUUAAGUCAAUAACUUUUCAGGAAUAUGAUAUGAAGUAAAUGACAAUGUAGACACUUUGGUCAAAAAUAAAAUACCUGCAUUAAACUUCCUCACUGAUGGUCACUCACUUACCUCCGCUACGGCAAUGCUAGCAAACAAGUGCUAGUGAUUCUGUCUGAAUACGUUGGCAUUAACUUUUCUCAGACUUGUCUCUCGCUUCUUAUUCCACUUUUUCCAAGUCGAUCAAACUUUUCAGGAGUUCUCUUGCUCUUGCAUUUUCCAAAAUAUCAUUAGGUUUUAGUGCUUAUUCUUAAUAAAGCUAUUCCUUAUGGGCAGUAAUUAUUAUCCAAGCAGAAAUGAUGUGACCCAUCUGAUAACAUGCCAAGAAAUGUCUGCUAUCUUUAGGGCUUAUGAUAUCUUGUUGAAUAGUUCAUAAGCAACCUUGACCUAAUAUUUUGAAUAUUUACGGGUGGCCUCUAUCUGUCAAGAACUUCCUGUGCAAUAACUGUAUCAAUAAAAAGAGACAAUUUGA